UAUAUACAUGUACAAGACAUGAGAUGGUUCAUAAUCAUGAAAUGAUUCCUGUUGACAAGAGACAUUUAAUAAGGUCUCAAAGGGAUAUUUCUAAGGAACAUAUUAAUUUCAUUUCUACACUUAGAUUGAGUGGAGUUAAAGUUUCUGAUUCUUUGAGAGCUUUGAAGAAGGAGGUUGGAGGGUCUCCUAACCUUUGUUUUACAGCUCCUGAUGCUUAUAAUGCUAUUUCUGUUGAAAAGACAGCUAAACUUGGGGGAGGUGACAACAAUCAACUAAUCAAAUUUUUUGCUAAGAGACAAAUUGAUGAAACAGAUUUCUAUUAUGAUUUUGAACAAGAUGGAAAAUGGUGCAUUGGUUAAUUUCUUUUGGAGAGAUGGAAGGAUGAUGAGAGAUUAUCAUUACUUUGGUGAUUUGUUAGUUUUUGAUACUACUUAUAGGACUAACAAAUAUGGUAUGAUUUGUGCUCCAUUUGUGGGUAUGAAUCAUCAUGCAAAUAAUGUGAUGUUUGGCAUGGGAUUUAUACUUAAUGAAAGAACAGAAUCAUUUGAGUGGUUAUUUGAUACUUUUCUAACUUCUAUGGGAAGGAGAAGUCCUAUUACUAUUAUGACUGAUCAAGCUCAAGCAAUUGCAGCUGGGAUAAGAAAUAUUUUCCCCAAAGGUGUUCAUCAUAGAUUAUGUGUGUGGCAUAUUGAACAAAAUUCUAAGAAACACAUUGGGGCGUUGAGAGCUUUGGAUGGUUUCACUGAUUUAUUUGGUUAUUUACUGAAGUAUUGUGAAACUCCACCAGAAUUUGAGCAUUAUUGGAAAAGAAUGUUGUUGAAAUAUGACUGUGCAAAUGUUGAUUGGUUGAAUGAUUUGUAUAAAAUCAAAGAGAUGUGGUGUCCAGCUUUUUCAAAGAAAUUUUGGUCAGGAGGUGUGCUUUCAUCUCAACGUAGUGAGACAACUAACAAAUCAGUUUCUCAAAGGCUUAACAAGACACAAGGUCUAUGUGAUUUCUAUCAAGUGUUUCUCGAUGUGGUUCAAGAGUGGAGAAGCAAAGAAAAAGGGAGAGAUUAUAAUACAAUCAGAGGUAAUCGUCAUUUGGCUUUUGCAUACAUUGGGAUUCUUGUUCAUGCUAGAUCAUUGUAUACUAUUCAAGCUUAUGUGCUUUUUGAGGAAGAGUUCAUUAAGGGUACUGCUUGUGAUCAUAAGGAUGCUGGUGUGAAUUUUCCUGAAUAUUAUUAUCAUUUGUGGAGACCUGGGAAAGAUAUGAUCAAGCACGAGGUUGUUUUUAAUAAAGAAACACAUGCAAUAUGUUGUACAUGCAUGUUGUUUAGUGAAAUGGGUUUGCUUUGUUGUCAUGCUCUUCGAAUUUAUCAUAUGAAUUGUGUUCAUAAGAUUCCAGAUGACUAUAUAUGUAAGAGGUGGACUAAGGCUGCUAUGUGUAGUCAUGGCCUUGAUGAACCUACAAUGAAAACCAAUGUAGUAUCUACAAGUGUUUGGAGGACACAAACACUAAGGAAAUUUGUUAAGUUGGUAACAAGUUGUCAACACUCUUUGAAUGCUAGAGCAGAGGUUGAAUGUUAUUUCAAUCUUUUAAAAGAAAAGAUUGAGAGUGUUACUGGUACUAUUGAUUUUAAUGAACCGGUUGAAGGUAUUGAAAUUGUUGAUCAUGAAGUUAAGAAUCCGGCAAAAUCAAGACCUAUUGGAGAGAGGAAUUAUAGGCCUAAGAGUAAUUUAGAGAAGACUUAUAACAAAGCCAGGGGUCAGUGGUUGAAGAAAAAGUCAGUAUACACUCCUUAUAAAAGAUCUAAAGGUCAAGCAGUAGUUCAGGAAUUGGACGAGAAUGGGUGUCCUAUAUCUUAUGCUAAUUCUUUGGCUGAUCCUAAUGAGUUAAUUGUGAUUGAAGAUCCAAGUGCUCAGGUAAAAACUUAUUUUCUUUUUUUUUUAUCUGUUUUUAUCAAAUUCUUUAGAAUAUUAAACAUUUUUACUUUUAAUUUUUUUUCAAGGUUUGUAAUAAAAAUACUGUCAUUGUAGAAGAUAUCCCUUCAGAUGAUAGUGUUUCAAAUGACUUUGAACAGGUAUUAUGUAAAUGAUUAUGUAUGUAAUUGUAGUUGUUCAUUUUAGUAGUUUAAGUUGUGAUUAUAAUGUUUUUAUAAUUUUCAUUUUAUUAUAGGAAUAUGGAUAUAGCUCUAUGCAAUCAAACGUUA